AAACACCGCUGUCUUCCUCACUUCGUCUCAGUCACUCUAAGUCACAGGAGCGAUGCUUGACCGCGGACCUCAGCUUGGUUUUCUUUAGACCCAAAAUGUUUCUCCGACGCAACUCAUCUCCACUUGUGACACUUGGUCUGAUCAGUGUUUUCUGCACCUCCCUCCCCUCUCUUGUCAAAGCAUCCUCAGUUGUUGAAGUGAACUGCAGGUCGAUGAACACCUCCUCCAUGCAUGCGCACUGCGGGGUUUACCCAGAUGGAGUCCAUGAUUUAGAUUGCUUUGGUAAACAUAAAACAUAUGGGAGUGUAAAACAGUGGCAAUGUAAGUGGGCACCAGGCAGCCACACAUCAAACAAGACGUACACACUCAUCAUACAACAGCCCAGCAAAAAUCGCUGUGUAAUGUACGACAACAUAUCAAGAACGUCACAUUCCAAGUUCACCGUGUCUGAGAAAAAAAACAUGACAGCCUAUGUUGUUGAAAAGAGCGACCUGAGGAACUGCACCAAGGCAUUUUUCACAGCUUUACCAAAUAAUACAGUGCGAUGUGGUCCUCCAGUAUACGUGUCCUUUAGUCGUCAUUCAAGAAAACUAGAAGUGACUGUGAGCUGGCCACAGGUGGACCAGAGGUUCAUCAACAAAUACAAUCUGAUGUACAAAGCCUCAGACAGCCUUUCACGGGACAAUGUUGUGGUGCAAUCCCGAGACAAAGCACGGUGCACAGUGGACGGUCUCAACUCCUCACUGGCCUACCAGGUGCAGAUACAGUGCGACAAUAACAGCUGCCCACAGUGUCCAUGGAGUGACAGCUACACCGUCCAGCCAGAGCUGACAGCACAGCCCGUCGUUCUCAACGUGGAAGACACUGACGUUGCUCAGAGAAAAGGGUGCCGACUGGUGGUUAUAACGUGGAAGUUUCCAGAAGAGGAGCAGGCCGAAGGCUACAACGUGACCGUGGAGAAGGCCUCAGGAGAGGUCCCGGAUGAGUGGAUGACAACCACUCGGCCUCAGAUCAGCCUGGUCCUGUCCUAUUCAGGCUAUCAUGUCAGCAUCAGAGCCUUCAACAGGGCCAGCACGUCCCCAGCACUAACACAGACCGUCCCACCACGGGAGGACAUGGCUGACACAGGAGCUGGGAAGCUUAAUGUGUCACUGAUCAACGCUACAUCUCUUACUGUUUUUUGGAAAGAUGAUCUAAUCCAACACUACUGCUGCUUUUCUGUGGAGUGGAGCAGGACAAACCACAAAGCCGCUUACAUGUCAUUUUUUGAGAAUGCAAACAACUAUAAGAGCAUAUCCCUUAAAAACGGUCCUCUGGAGCCUUACCAGAGAUACAGCAUCUCUCUCCACACCAGGACAAACAAAGAGACGUGCAACAUGAUGCACACCAAUGGCAGUGAGAGCACCUAUGGAAGUGCCCAGUUCUAUUUUAUUGAAGGAUCCCCUGUCAGCGCUCCCGCCAACAUCAGCGCCUGCAACGUGACGCUGAACUCAAUGGUGCUACAGUGGUUGCCCAUCCCAGAGGAGGACCUCAGAGGCUUUCUAAUGGGCUACAUAAUCCACUACACCGAGUACCACCACAGGGAAACAGAGAAAAAUGUUACAGUGAGUCCAGACUCAAACAGCCACGAGUUGGUGGAUUUGAAAAGCGGGACGGCAUUCCUGGUCGAGAUAUCGGCUUUCACGCGAGCUGGAGUCGGAGUGCGCAGCACAGCGAGCCUCUUUAAAACCAAUUCUCAAGGUGAUCAUACUCUGGUCGGCAUUAUUAUAGGAUUUACUGUUGUGACUGCUCUGCUGAUACUUAUAUGUCCAUUGUUAAAAAGGGCAAAAGUUGUUAUUUGGCCGAGCAUACCCAACCCGAGGAACAGCAAUGCAAUGCAGAAAAUAGAAGUGCCCUUUGAGCUGGAACUGCUAGAGCUCACCACCCAGAAGUCAGAGGAGUGGGACACAGAAAGUCUUCACAUUGUCGAGAGAGCACCUGAAAGCACCCGCGCUGACUCAGCACCACCCAUCAUGCCGUAUGUCUUCCGGGACACAGAGGCUGACGAGAAUUCAGAAUCGGAGCUGCUGCAGCCAGACGAGCCUUUCGACUGGACGGAAACAGACAUAAACAGUGUAGCCGGCCUCUUACCUGGUGUUACUGUGGCCACGUUCGUGGAGCCAAUACGGCAGGACUUCCCAUGUGCACCGCUCCCUUUUCCAAGUGGUUAUACAACCAUGGAAAUGUUUCAGCAGGGGAUGUCUCAUAGCAUCUCAGAGGAUACGACAGCAGCUGCUCCAGCCGCGGCGCUCCAGCCAGAGGACACCGACGUCACCGUGAAAACACCAGGACUGGACUAUACACGACAAUUUAGCAGCGAGAGCAACAACGGCUCCGUUUUUUUGGUAAAAUAAUGCUGUACAGUUCAUGAAGACCAAAGCCCAGAGGAACAAUACACACAUGACUGUUCUCUGUGAAUGAAUGUGAAUGUUUGGCUCCCUUGACUGCUGUGCUGCUCCUGAACUUCCAGCAUCAGAAGUACCUCCAAGAAAGUGGAUCACGAGGGGCUGACAAGCACAGCUUUGUUAUUUUUCCCCAACAGGAUUUUAUAGCAGAUAGCGAGAAUGAAUGAGUGGCAGUACUAUGUGGACGGUAUCUGCUGAUGUUUUAACUGAAUGCUGUCAUCAAAGAAAUGUCAUUUGAAAUGACAUUUCAUCAAAGUUCCCACCUUGAUGAUAUGUCAUUUGAAAUGACAUCCACUUACAAGCUGCAGGGAAAUGUUCAAGUAUGUAGAGCACACUUGAAUGAAGGAGGGGAGCAAAUUAUACUGAAAGUCAACGGUUAGAUGCAGGUGAAGUCCCUGAAGCCACUUUCACAUCAACCACAGGGUCAAGUGGCCCCCUGUUGUGGACUGUAUCUGUACAUCUGCACUACUUGGCCUGUCUGAUCUGCACCAAUGCACAUGACCUCAACACAUUUCUGUUCCAACCUGUGCACUGGCAAGCACACGUUCCUGGAUAUGUUUCUGUGCUUCUUAAUUUCAUUUGUAAUUUGAUGCUGCAAGUAGCUAAUAAUCAAUGCUUACAGACCUCUGAAUGGCUUGGUGAGCACGUCAACAAUGUCAAGUCUCACUGACCAGAGGCCUGUACCAUAAAGCUUAGCAAGCUAACUUCAGGUUUAACCCUGGGUUUUCUGUACCAUAAAGAUGGUUUACU